GUUAAAGCUUUUUCUCGGGAAAAUCAAAACCAAACCAAACCUUUUCUCCGAGAGAAACCCUUGAAGAACGUUGCUUCGGAGAAUGUGAAAGUAGUAUGUCUUAUAAUACGGGGAAGAAGGAGAGUAGUCCAGUUUCGCCAUUGAAGAAGCGACGAGCGAGCUGGUCGGAACUUUGGGUUAACCAUCACCAGUUAUUGUCUUCUUCACCGCUUGAUUUAGCCGCAAAGUUUCAGUCUUUGACUCCUCCUAUCUCCAAAUCCAAAACCCUACUUCCAGAUUUUACGCUUCUCUUACCUGACCUCAUUCUCAUCAGAGUCAUUGAGAAAAUCCCUAAAUCUCAACGGAAAAAUCUCUCUUUGGUUUGUAAGAGAUGGUUUAAACUCCAUGGUCGUCUUGUUCGGUCUUUAAAGGUUUCGGAUUGGGAAUUUCUAGCGUCUGGUCGGCUGAUUUCGAGGUUUCCCAAUCUGGAUACUGUUGAUUUGGUCAGUGGGUGUUUAAUUUCGCCGCCAAAUUCAGGUAUUUUAGUUAACCACAGGAUAGUUUCGUUUACUGUUGGUGUAGGGUCUUAUCAGAGUUGGAGUUUCUUUGAGGAGAAUUUGUUGUCUGUUGAUAUAGUUGAGAGAGGGUUAAAAGCUCUUACUGGUGGUUGCUCUAAUCUCCGGAAACUCGUAGUGACCAAUACUAGUGAAUUAGGGUUGUUGAAUGUAGCUGAAGAGUGUUCCAGGUUGCAAGAACUCGAAUUGCACAAGUGUUCUGAUAGUGUUUUGCUUGGCAUUGGUGCGUUUGAGAAUCUGCAGAUCUUGAGAUUGGUUGGGAAUGUCGAUGGUUUGUAUAACUCUUUGGUUUCGGAUAUCGGUUUGAUGAUUUUGGCUCAAGGGUGCAAGAGACUGGUGAAGCUUGAGCUCGUUGGAUGCGAGGGAGGAUUUGAUGGGAUUAAAGAGAUAGGCGAAUGUUGUCAAAUGCUUGAGGAACUCACUGUUUGUGAUCAUAAGAUGGAGUCGGGUUGGCUUGGAGGUCUUCGAUAUUGUGAGAAUCUCAAGACGCUGAAACUCGUGUCUUGUAAAAAGAUUGAUAAUGAUCCAGAUGAGUGCUUGAGUUGUUGUUGUCCUGCUCUCGAGCGAUUACACUUGGAGAAGUGUCAAUUAAGAGAUAAGAAUACGGUAAAGGCUUUGUUUAAGAUGUGUGAAGCAGCGAGAGAGAUUGUUUUCCAAGAUUGUUGGGGAUUGGAUAAUGAUAUAUUCAGCUUGGCAAUGGCUUUCGGGAGAGUGAAGCUUCUGUAUCUAGAAGGAUGCUCAUUGCUAACAACAUCAGGUCUAGAAUCCGUAAUUCUACAUUGGCACGAGCUCGAACAUCUGAAAGUGGUUUCAUGCAAGAACAUAAAAGAUUCAGAAGUCUCUCCUUCGCUGUCAGCUCUGUUCUCAGCCUUAGUAGAAUUGCAGUGGAGACCAGACACCAGAUCCCAUCUCUCUUCAAGCCUUACAGGGACCGGAAUUGGGGGGAAAGGCGGAAAGUUUUUCAAGAAAACAUGAAAAGUUUACUACAUAACACUUUGCAACUCUCUCUUCAAUGUUGUUUUUUUAAAAGUUUCUUAGGUUCUCUUACUUUGUUUCUUCUCGUUGAACUAUGUAGCAAUUACUGUAAAUUCUACUUUUUAUCCAAUUCUCUGUUUGUAUUCAGAGAUUCAUAGCUACGGGAUCACUAUUUUACCUU